AUGUAUGAUCUGCCCGGCACCACGUCCAGUUUUGACUAUUGCGUGCUCGACACGGACUUUAUGUUUUCGUAUGAAACGAGCCUGCAGGAGAAGGUGAACGGCAAGCACAUUUAUCGGUCGUUCUGGAACCGGGCACCCAUUGUGCCCCCGCUAAUGGAAGCCUUUGCCAUGGACAUCUCGCGGCCCAUCGUUUACCUCUGGUCGUUUUCCCACAAGGAGUUUGAGCUGAUGUUGGAUCAGGAGCGCUCUGUGCUCAACGCACUCGCGGUUCACAACGCGAACAUCCAGCACAUCAACAUCAUGAUCUUCCCCAAGGGUGUCACAAGCUUGAUCAGCACGUCCAGGAAAAGCGACUGGUCGUGUCAGCAAUACUUGGCCGCGGUGGAGGCCAACCUCAACAAAAAGCGCCGCCUUGCAUGCGACCAGGCCUCGGAGUUGCCCAACUACACCGUGCGCAAGGAAUUGCCCAAGUAUCGGAUCUACCUCAUGGAUCCGGAUUACUUCAGAAAACCCAAGCUCUUGGACGUGGAGACAUGCGCACCCGAAUUUGAGAGCAAGAAGUAA